AUGAUCAUCCCAAUGGUUCUCCUUAUGAGUUCCAUCGCUACACCUCUACUUGAUGAACAGUAUGAUGAGUAUACUAAUACUAGUAUCUCCGUUUUCAAUGAAUCUUUGUCGAUGGCUCCUGAAAAUUCCACUGAAUUAUCAACAGUUGAAACAUCAGAAAGUCUCUCAACGAACAGUACGACUACACAAUCGUCAUUUUCGACCGAAUCUCUUGUCGAUCAAAUGAAUUCGUAUCGUAAUGCGGAGAUUCUCUCCCGUAUUGAUCAAUGCGAUUCAUCAAUGAAACUGAAUGACAUCUGCGAAAUGUAUUCGAUUGAUAAUUAUACAAAUCUAUUAGUUCAUCAACCAUUGAUACGUUUUCAAACAUUAGAAAACAUCUAUGAUUCUCUGAUUAAUCGAACGAUGGUCGAAAAUUUAACAAAUUCGUGUCCGAUCGCUCAGUGGUGUUUAGGAAAUUUAUCUCGCGAUGAUGUCGAAUUCGCUUCAAAUAUGAUCAGACGGCGCGGCGAUUCGUUUUGCACAUUACAACAUUGCCAUUUUCGAUUAGUAACGUAUAUUCAUUCAUGUCCAUCAUUAGCUAAGCCGAAUAUCAGUAUUCCGACAUUGAAUUUGCUUCCGAUGUUAUGUUCACUGUAUACUGUACAAGAAAAAUGGACUUCGACGCGAUGUGUGGAAGAUUUUUCGUAUUUUUUCCAUAUAUUCUUUGCAUUUUGGCCACAGUUCGAGAGAUGUUAUGAUGAUACUUUGAUCGACUCUGACACUUGUGCAGCAGAAUGUCGAACAUUUGAUGAUAUUUUGGAAAAUUUAGAGUACCAAUGCAGCGAUGACAGGUCCUUCUUCUCUCAAAUUCCAGCUCUGUCAUCAUAUCGAUCGGCUAAAUUGAAACGAAUUUGUCGUGGGAAGAAUCUUUCACAAAGAUUUCCAUUUAUCCAUUCCGUUGAAGAAAUCUUUUCCUUCGAUCUACUUUGGCGUCAAUCUCAAGCCAAACCUCUCUAUCUAAUUUUCUUUCUAAUCAUUGUUGUUUGCUUUUUCUGCAGCUGCUCUCUUUGCUUACAUUCGAAAUUGAAACAUAAACAUCGACGAUUCGACGAUAGUUAUGUUUAUACUCGAAUACACAAUUCCGUUUUUGAACUUGGACAAAACACUGAAAUCUCAGAUACGAAUUUAGCAAUCAACGAUGCAGUUGACGAUGAAACACAAUUCGAUAUCAAUGCUUCGUGCCUUGUUUCACCAGAACACGAACGAUUGUUACAAAUCCAAUUAUGA